GAGUGGCGCUCUUGUCGUAUCCGGCCACGUUAAAAUUGUUUGGUUAGAAUAUUUAGCUAGAACCUUGGUUGGCUAAUUGAAUAUUGUGACCUAUAGUCUUUCGAAAUUAAAUGUGUGUAGAAUAGUGGUCAAACUAUAACAAAUAAAAAACUAAGAAAAAAAUGAACUACUGGUCAAUUUGCUUGCUAUUACUCUCGCUAUUUGGUACAAUAUUACGUACUGGUGGCGUCGAGCUAACCUUUGAACUUCCUGACAAUGCGAAACAAUGUUUCUUUCAGGAGAUUGAACAAAAUGCAACAGCAAUGCUUGAAUUUCAGGUUGUAACAGGUGGACAGUACGAUGUAGAUGUAAUGUUAGAAGCCCCAAAUAAGAAGAUCAUUUAUCAGCAAAUAAAAACUCAAUUUGACUCACAUCAAUUCACAGCACCAAUAACUGGAGCUUAUCAAGCCUGUUUUAGCAAUGAAUUUUCUACAUUUUCACACAAGCUUGUUUAUAUGGAUUUUCGAGUUGGUGAUCAGUUGCCACUUACAGGACUUGGUGAACAUGCAACUGUUAUGACUCAGAUGGAGUCUUCUGCACAAGAAGUAUAUAAAAACUUGAAUAGUAUCUUGGAUUAUCAAACACACCAUCGAUUAAGAGAAGCUCAAGGACGUAAACGUGCAGAGGAUUUAAAUACCCAUGUACUAGCAUGGUCUAUCAUGGAAAUGCUUACGAUCUUAGUUAUAUCUGUAUCAGAAGUGUUCAUUUUAAAAACCUUCUUCACAGAACGAAAAAAUUAGUACAUUUGUUAGUAUAUUUGCGAAUUAUAAUGUUUACUUUGUCCGCAAUAAAAUAACUAAUCUGUCUGAGUAACGUGAAACAGUAUUACAUCGAAUGUUUCAUAAAUCAGUCAUGGUGCCAUGUUAUAACUUUGGCCAGUUGUUAUGUCCAUCCUCGUUUUGGAUACAGAAAUACAACUCCAAACAGACGGUAUAUUAUAGUAAGUGAAACUUACAGCCGUUUCCUUGCGUAUAAGAAUGUUGUGUAUGCGCGUUCAUGUGUAUAUCGUUUAAUAUUAAGUUAUAUGAACAAUAGGACGUUUUAAUAUCGGUACCUGUUUCAUCAUGAACAAUAAAAAAGAAUGUGAGAAUAA